AUGCAGACUCUCAAGUCCCUCUUCCUCCUUCUCUCGAUCCAUUCCCUGGGCACCACUGCCGCGGUGACCAGUCGGGAUGAUGUAUCGCCCUACUUGGCAGAGAGAGGAAUCGAACCUGCCCAGUCCGGCUCAGGCACAAUAGCAUCGAACAAGAAAACCUAUGCCUCUAUAUAUGACAAGAACAAUAAUCCAGACGGAUUGGUCAACCUUGGCGUAGCCGAGAAUUACCUCAUGCAUGACGACCUGGCUGCGUACAUCGAGAACAACUUCACGAUCGCCAACCCCACAGACUUGACUUAUGGGCCAUCGAUAGGUUCUGCUCGUCUGCAGAAAGCACUUGCCUCCUAUCUGAACUCUCAGUUUCAACCUCUUGAACCUGUCUGCGCAGAUAGCAUUGCCAUUGGACCUGGUGUCACCGGUUUGAUUGACACCAUUACGUGGAAUAUCUGUAAUGAAGGAGACGGCAUAAUUAUCCCCAGACCACUCUAUAACUCGUUUCCCCGUGACAUAGAAUUCCGGAGCAAGGGUAAACUUAUCCCAGCCUCCUUCGUGUGGGAUAAUGAGACAUACUCCAUGGACAGCGCAUUCGAUGCUGCUGCCAAUAGGGCGGCCCUUGAGCGGGCGUAUAACAACGCCACUCGUGCAGGUAUCAAGGUUAGAGGUGUUAUCAUCACAAACCCGCACAACCCACUAGGCCGCUGCUAUUCCAAAGCCGCGCUGAAAGAAAUCGCCAGUUUCUGCGGCGAGCGUAAAAUUCAUCUAUUCUCGGAUGAGAUCUACGCAAAAUCAGUCUACACGAACGAUCAGUUUCCCAACGCCACGACCUUUACUUCCAUUCUCUCCCUACCCCUGAACCAUCUCAUAGAUCCGAAAUUAGUUCAUCUCUUGUACGGCAUGAGCAAGGACUUCGCGGCUAGCGGAUACCGCCUCGGUGUCCUUCAGUCGCGUAACCAAGACCUUAUUGACGCUGUCACUGGAAUAGGCUCACUAACUCGACCACCUUUCAUCGCCCAAAACUCGUGGGCUCGCUUGCUCGAGGAUGAAACCUACCUGGAUCAGUAUUUCCGAACGUACUCGGAGCGCAUGACGGCUAGUUAUUAUAUCAUUAGGGACUACCUAGAGCAGCGCGGCGCAAGCUAUUUCAGGGGAACCAACGCUGGCCUGUUUAUAUGGGCUCGGCUCAUCGAUUGGCCCGAGGAUGGCAGCGCUGAGGAAUAUGCGACGCUGAAGGCGAAACUUCUGGAGACCUGUCUGAGAAACGGGGUGAAUAUUGCCGAUGGAGAGACUUAUAAACCUGACAAUCUUGAAAAGGGAUGGUUUAGACUUACGUUUACCGUCGGCGAAGACAGGUUGAGGGUUGGGCUGGAGCGUUUGACGAAGAGUCUAACCCAGAUCCAGAGCGCAAAAUUCAGGUAG